UAGGCUGUUUGAUUGUGAAUUUGUGAACAACUAUUUAUUCUAGUGACCUGACACAGUUUUAUUAUCCAUAGAAAUGAAGAAUAGACGACUGUAAUGACUACUGAAAACCCAUAGGGUUAUAGUUGGAGCAGUUUUUGGUGUACUAGUUUUUAUUCUUGUCUCUCACUUGAAGUUGAACUUCUGAGAUUUUGCAACCGAGAUGCUGCAAGGCGAAUUCUGGUCACUGCUGUGCAGAGGUCGUAAGAAAAAAAUUAUAACAUUAAUAAUAGUAUUGAUAUUUUUAAUAAAUGCAAUGUUAUAUGUCAGUAUGGAAUUAUACAAUACUAUUAGAAGAAACCGUGAAGAUUGGAGUAAAAAUUGGCAAAAUGAUCAGUCAAACACAGAGAAAGGUGGUAUGAGAGUAAUAGUUGGGCACUAUAUCGGAGGCUUUGGUAAAGGAAACUUAUCUGAUGAUAUAAUAAACAGUAACAACUAUGCGCCAGUCAAAGGCGCCGGGGAAGGGGGUCGGCCAGUACAACUCGCUCAGCGGGAACUCAUCACAGCACGGGAAUUGUACCAACUGCACUCCUAUAAUAUACUCGUCAGCGACAAGAUAUCUAUUAAUAGAAGUUUGCCUGAUAUGAGAAGCGACAGUUGUAAGAGCGUGGAAUUCAACCUAGAUAACCUGCCGACGGCGACCGUCGUCAUAGUGUUCCAUAAUGAGGCGUGGUCGACGCUGAUGCGUACCGUCAUGUCGGUCAUCAUGAGGUCUCCUAAGCGGCUAUUGAAACAGGACUUAUUGGUAGAAUUCAACCUAGAUAACCUGCCGACGGCGACCGUCGUCAUAGUGUUCCAUAAUGAGGCGUGGUCGACGCUGAUGCGUACCGUCAUGUCGGUCAUCAUGAGUCUGAAGGACUUAUUGGUAGAAUUCAACCUAGAUAACCUGCCGACGGCGACCGUCGUCAUAGUGUUCCAUAAUGAGGCGUGGUCGACGCUGAUGCGUACCGUCAUGUCGGUCAUCAUGAGUCUGAAGGACUUAUUGGUAGAAUUCAACCUAGAUAACCUGCCGACGGCGAGCGUCGUCAUAGUGUUCCAUAAAAAGGCGUGGUCGACGCUGAUGCGUACUGUCAUGUCGGUCAUCAUGAGGUCUCCUAAGCAGCUAUUGAAACAGAUAUCUCGGCAAAGAACUUUGGUGUUUUUGGAUGCUCACUGUGAGGUAACACAAGGUUGGCUCGAGCCCCUCCUCGAUCGAGCGGGAAGCGAUGACGUCUUCAUAUGCCCACACAUAGACCUACUAUCCGAGGACACCUUAGCCUACACCAAGAGCAUCGACGCUCACUGGGGCGCUUUCAGCUGGAACCUCUUCUUCCGCUGGCUCAACCCCAGUGCCGAAGUCAUGGCUCAAAAAGCAGAAAACCCCUCCAAACCCUACCCCACACCAGCUAUGGCCGGAGGCCUUUUCGCAGUCAGGAAAAGCCUCUUCUGGCGCCUAGGAGGAUACGAUGAAGGUAUGCUUAUUUGGGGAGCAGAGAACUUGGAACUGUCCUGGCGGGCCUGGCAGUGCGGCGCCCGAGUAGAAAUCACACCAUGCUCACGAGUAGGACACAUUUUUAGACGACACAGCCCUUAUAAAUACCCAGGAGGCGUUAGUAAAGUUUUGAACGUUAAUUUGGCACGCGCGGCCACUGUGUGGAUGGACGAGUGGGCAGAUUUCUUUUUCAAAUUCAAUCCUAACAUAGCAGCGAUCCGCGACCAACAAGCAGUGUAUUCUAGGGUGGAGUUGCGGAAGAAUUUAAAGUGUAAAAGUUUUAAAUGGUAUUUGGAUAAUGUGUGGCCUCAGAAUUUCUUUCCUAGCGAUGAGAGAUGGUUUGGUAAAAUUAGGAGCGAUCUUGGUCCUUGUUUAGCGGUGCCGGAGCAGACGACGGGGCUCGCCGUACCGGCAAAGGGGGUACCAUGUGGGAUUGACGAUAGAAGUUGGGACACGAUGGUCGUUUAUACUCCCGAGGGUAAGAUUAUGGGUGAUGAGAAUCUGUGCUUAGAGCGAACCGAAGGUCGCGCCAUGUGGAAGGCUUGUAAAGAAACGCCGAAGCAGAUUUGGGAGCAGAAAGGGCCUAGGUUAAAAACAAAAGACGGGCUGUGCUUAUCGUUAGCACUGAUUGAUAAACAGGCAGAUGGUUUUAAUGACAUCAUCUCGACAAAGAAGUGUCGCGACAAGAUGCGUGACGCGGCGACCACGCAACAGAUCUGGCAUUUCGACCGAGUGCCUUGGCGAUAAAUGUGAUAUUUAGAGUACUUAAAUAUAUUGUUUAUAUAUUGUAUUGGUGAUCAAAUUCAAAGUACAAUAUUCCUCUACAUUGUUGUAGUUAAGAAUCUCAUUAUUUGUUUCUUCGUUUUCUCUCUUCGUACUUUUAUAUAUGGUUUUUAUGUUAAAUGUUUAUUGCGGAACUAUAUAAUUAACUGUAAUAUGUUUUAGAUAAUGGUAGAUAGUAGUACCUUUGAUUCACAUUCCAUUGUAUAAAAACUAGUAUUACAUGUAUACUGAUGUUUAGAUACUCUUUUGCUGAUGUGUAGAAUAAGUCCAGUAUGUUUGUGUACUUAUACCGAUUGAUCACAUAGUACCUGUAUAUAUGUAAUUUAUGAAUUGUUUAUUGGCCAAUCUCAUGAUAUUGCUAUUGACUACACUCUACAGUAAAAAAUAUAUUUUAAAUAUUUUUUCGUAAAUUAAUACGUACAUUUUAUGUAUUUCAAUGAGAAGGCAAACUAUCGUACCAGUCUGCGUCACUUUAACAGUUUGCUAUUACUAUCACAUCUUAUAAUUUUUAGAUUUUUUUUUCUAGCUUGGCAACACACGAUCGCCGUGGUGACAUGGGUCCUAAGACUCAUCUUAUGCUUAGUUCUACUCCACUGCAAAUUUAUCUUUGAUUUAGAAACGUAGUGUUUGUAAUAUGAAUAGUACACAAUGAACGAAUAUUAGCAUUUAUUUUUGGAAAUACUCAUUGCCAUAGGCCAGUUGUAUUACUCGUAAUUAUAAUUAUAUGUGUAUAUUGUACAAAUUUUUAGUCGUAAAAUAAUUGUGUAAUUUGCAGCUAAAUAUCUAGUCUUUUUAGAUAAUUUACAAUUAUAUACUAUGUAUGCUUGGUGUAUAAUAUAUGACUUAUUAAAAUUUACUUUUCAUAUGGCAGCAGUAAAAUAACUCUCGAAUUUAAUAACAUAUCACUAAUUAUAUGAAAUAAUGUUAUUUUAUACAUCUAAUAUAAACUAUAAAUUCGAUGGACCUACUUAAAAUUAAUAUGAUUAAUUAAUCUUCCGAUUAUGUUUAAAACUGUGUUACUUUAUUCGUAACAGUAGGCAAUAAUGGUUGUGUGAUUUUAAUUUAACAGUGAUAUUUGUAAACAAAUUAAGAAUAGUAUGUUAACAAUUAAAAAUACAAGCUGUAUAAUUUAUAAUAUCUUAUUUUAUUUAUAAAUCCCACUUAAACAAAAUAAAUGUCACAGGACAGAAUAAAUAUAGUGUGACACAAAAUUGUAGAAAUGAAAUAAUUUUCUGUAAAAAAAUGUUGCCAUGUUUUAAACUUUACGUCAAAAAUGUGACAGUUACGAAAAACUCGUUAAAUUUCUAAAAUUGUAGUAGUAGUAAUCACUUUAUUGUGUACAACAGUUUAUAUACAAUUUGUAGGAAUAGAGAUAUAGUAUGUCGCACUUUACUCAUUCGGCUAAAAUAACUAGCUACUAAAUAUAAACUACCCCAAUAAAAAGAA